GAGCCCACACCACCGUCCCAACUCAAAAGAAGAAGUCCGCUUCAACGCCCCAGCUAUGGCAGACGCAUCUUCCCCACCGCUGGCAACCCACGCAGCAUCUCCAGUAACUCCUAUCAACCUUGUGCUUCUCUCCCUUUUCGUGGUCCUGGUCUACCUUCGCCUCAAACCCGCGCAGCCCCAGACCCUUCCCAAAGCCCCUCCACCCAUCGUAUUCCGAACCUUCACUCCGCCCGAGCUGUUUCCCUACAAUGGCCUGAAUGGCAUGCCUGUCUAUCUUGCUGUCCGCGGCAGGGUAUUUGACGUUACUGCCGGAAAGAAUUUCUACGGUCCGGGGGGUCCGUACGCCAACUUCGCUGGGCGAGAUGCCAGUCGAGGCCUCGCGUGUGGCAGCUUCGACGAGGACAUGCUAACAGAAAAUUUGGACGGCCCUCUGGAUACGUUAUCUGAUCUCGAUGCUGAGCAAAUGGAGGCUAUGAGAGGUUGGGAGGAGCGCUUCCUCGAAAAAUACCUGGUCGUCGGCAAGCUGGUUGCUGUGGGCAGCGAUGAGGCUAAAGCUGCUGCUGCUCACCAGUAA